AUGGAAGAAUCAGAUAAUGAAUCGUGGGAUGAUCAUUUAGUCAUUAAUGCAAAUUCUGAUUUUGAUUCUGAUAGUGAUAAUAAUAAACAAUGCGAAAAAAAAGCAUCAAAUAAUGAGCCUCAAAUCCAGAAUAAACAAAAAGAUACUGCUUUUGCUAGUGGAUCUCGAGCGCAUAGAUGUCGAAAUUCUUCAAACAGCAAUUACACCAAUUUCAGUGGGAUGGAGUGUUAUCAUAUGAAUGGAAAUAAAAGCACAAACAAACAACAACAAUUGCAUAAUGAAAAUAAAUCAGAAAGCAAAAAGUUGUAUGUGGUACCGGCGAAUUCCACGCUUUUAAAGUCGAAAACCGAAGCCGAAUGCGAUAUGGUUUGUAUCGACAUUCAGAAGCAGCAAAAAUAUCAAAAUAUAGAAAAAGAUGAUAAUAGUUUAUCAGCAAAACCUGAUACUCCACAGCCGAGUAAGAAAAUCUCUCGACAGUUAGUCUCUUCACCAACAAUCACGAAUAGUACGAUAGACACUACUAACGAGUUAGCUGAGAUGCGAUCUAAGAUCGACUUUUUAUAUGCGCGUAUAAAUGAGCUUCAGAACCAAAGAAUCAACCGAAGAGUAGACCAGCCAAGACCUUCUGUAAUCGAAGAGCAAGACCAUGUUCAAGUCCCACUGGUCAACGUGAACCAUUCAGCCUGCUGCAAUGAAAGAAAUAUUCACGCCUUAGAUGAUAAAAUACGGGAAUAUGAGGUUAGAAAGGAUUUCGUGAAUAACAUUGAUAAUGCAGAUGCAUGCGCCCAAUAUUCGGUUUGUGAAGCAGCUAAUCAAAACAAUAUAAAUGAAGAAACUAAUAAGUUAAACGCCACCACGAGCAGUACAACGAUUGCAGUAGAAAAUGACGAUGUGCAAGUAAUAACUGAUACAAACACUAAUGAGAAACCACGGCGAAAAUCACGUUAUAGCAAAAUUAGUAAUUUUGAGUCAGAAAAUAAUAAAAUUUUAAAUGAAAAAUGUAACCGAUCAGUUGAUCCAAAGGAAAUACAAACGGACUUUUGGAACACUAUGGCAUCGUAUUCGAAUUCGAAGCAACAAUCGAACUAUUCUGCUGAAGCGCAUCAAACAAAAGAUACAAAAAAUUUUGAUAAGAGUAAAAGCGCAAUGCAAAAAAAAUCAACAAUGUCAGCGAAAAAACAUAAUUUAUACGACAAAGAUACUCCGACGAAGCAUGGAAAAACACCGAAUUUGAAUUCCAGCAUCGACAUUAAAUAUCAAGAAAGUGCGCAACAAAAAUAUUCGAAUGAAUACUUUUUCAAUGCCCUUCAACGAACGACCUCCUAUGCACCAGGUGAAGAAAAUAUUUUAACAAAAAAGAAAUUUAGCCUAGCGGAUACUUUCUACAGAUUGUCUAGCCCAUCAACCGUACAGUCCACAUCACCUAAGAUUAAUGCAAAGGCUGCGAGAAUUUCACCCACUGAUUUCACUUCACAACAACUUUCGGCACUACAGUGCGGUUAUAUAAACUCUUUUCCAUCACGAUCACCUAAUUUACACCAGAAUAUAUCGAACUUUUGGAAUAGUGAAGCUGGACCACUUUGCAAUGGGCAGAAUGAACCCGACAAAAGUCUCCUUAAGCAAGUAUUUCUGAAUAAAAAAUCCCCAUUUACAACUACUUCAUCUACUCCACAAGCUCUUAACGCAUUUUCAGCAGGUCUUACAAAGCUUCCACACACGCAGACCGCCAACUCUUUUAUUAAUUGCGCUAAUUCUGCUACUGAUGCAUAUUUUGCAGCAAAUUGCAAAAAUAUCCAACGGUUCAACAAUGUUAUGGGGCAAAUCCCUUCUUCAUUACCGAUACCUAUGCCUACAGUCGCUUCUUUACAUUUACCAGUAGGUAUGAAUGCACUUUCCCCAAGCGUAUUACAACAAAUGCCUCUCAAAUAUGAUUCGCAGCAGUUAAACAAUGAACAGCUCGUGAUAAAUAAAACACAGCAAAUGCAGCAAGAAACACCAAAGAACAAGCGCAAGAUCUCAUUCCUAAAACUAGAUUGUUCAAAUCGUCCAUGCAACAGCUGGAGCAUUAUAUCGAUGCCUCUACCAACCGUAUUACAUAUUGAAUGCAACUGCUUUCAACCAUGA